AAUAUUAUUUUGUCGAUUUUUUUUUUGUAGGUGUCGUGAACCGUUGCCAAAAUGCAUGUCCGUGGACGAACUGUGGAGGGCGAAGCAGUUGUACGAUUCCGCCUUCCAUCCAGAUACCGGAGACAAGAUGAACAUCAUCGGCAGGAUGUCCGCUCAAGUGCCCAUGAACAUGCUCAUCACCGGUGGAAUGAUGGCUUUCUACAAAUCCACUCCGGCCGUCAUCUUCUGGCAGUGGCUCAAUCAGUCCUUCAAUGCUCUUGUCAACUACACCAACCGUAGCGGAGACGCUUCACUAUCCGAUAAGCAACUGCUGACGUCGUACGUCUUCGCCACAGGAGGUGCCGUAGCAACGGCGCUGGGUCUUAACAAGGCCCUUAAGAAUGGUCCACCGUUGAUCGGUCGUCUUGUACCAUUCGCCGCAGUGGCAGCCGCCAAUUGCGUCAACAUUCCCUUCAUGAGAGCGCAGGAACUUAGAGACGGUACCCCCAUCUAUGAUCAGAACGACAACAGAUUGGGCAACUCCAAGGCCGCGGCUCAGAGCGGCAUCAAGCAGGUCAUCUGCAGUAGGAUCGCCAUGGCAACCCCCGGCAUGGUUCUCACUCCUUUCGUCAUGAACCAUUUGGAACGUAGAGGAACCUUAUGCAGAUACCCAUGGGCAACUCUUCCCAUUCAAGUCGCCCUCCUCGGAGUCUGUCUGACGUUCGCUACGCCACUGGCGUGCGCCGUCUUCAAGCAGAAGGCUGAGAUUAGAUUUAGCGAUUUGGAACCGGAACUCAAGGAGAAACUGGAAAAGAAGUUGGGCAAAGAUAUUCCUUACAUUCUGUUCUUCAACAAAGGUCUGUGAGCUUCCUUUCUAUCAUCAUCAGAAUCAGAAGAAGAGCGAAACCCCAAAGUAAAGACACCGCCGAUGAGGAUUUUACCAAUAACAAACGCAAACGCAAAAUGUGGCGCAUAAGUUAUAUUUAGUAAGCGAAAGGUAUAUUAUAUUAUUAUACAAUACUUUAGAGCCGUGACGAGCCGAAUGACAAUAAUAAACACAUGAAUGUUA